AUGUUACGAGAUUUUCGAUACUUGGUGGAAGAAGGGAAGUAUCAGAUUCUGUGCUUUGUUCUGCGAAUCAACGUGGUGAAAGUCCCUGCUGGGCAAGUAAGGAGAUAUAAGGGCAUGGAAGUCCUGGUAUGGAACUCAUCUUCUCUCCACCUCGUUCAAAGAAGGCAGAAACUGUCGAGAUUGGCUGGGCUGAAUAUGCUGAUCGUGACGGGCUGCCAUGAGAUUUCGAUGCUGGCAACAUCCCUGCUGAACGUGGAGAAUAGCUCAGCAAGAAAGGAGCUUGGAAGCUCGGGUAAAUGGCUCGAAACAGAUGAAAUUACCACAUCAAAACCUCUGGAUGGGUAA